AUGAUGUUAGAGAAUACCCGUAUAGCCAAUACCAUUAUUAGUACUUUGACAGGUUUGGGCAUAAAUUUGAAAUACUUGCGUGGACAAGGUUAUGAUGGUGCAGCCUACAUGUGGUCUGUUUUUAGAGUAGUUCAAGCUAUCAUAAUGCAAAAGCAUCCAAAAGCUAUAUACACACAUUGUUUUGCCCAUUGCUUAAACUUAUGCCUCAAUGAUGCAUCAAAAGUACAACAAGUCAGAAAUACUCUCGGAAUAGUGCAAGAAAUAAGUGCAUUUUUUCAUGUAUCUGCUAAAAGAUCUUAUAUUUUACGGCAAAAACUAGAACUCAAAGCUUUCUCUGGCCUGAAAAAUUUUGUGAAACAAGUAUGUGCAUUAAAAGAAAUUAUGUCAGAAGAUAAUAACAAAGUUGUUGAAUCUUUACAUAAAUCUUUAUGUGAUUUUUCAUUUAUAAUUACAAUAUGUAUAAUGGAAAAAGUCCUUGGCUUGACUUAUUUUAUCUCAAAAUUUUUGCAAACAGAAAAUUUAGAUCUAAUUACUGCUAUAGAGUCUGUAAAAGAAACAACUCAAAAACUUGAAGAUAUAAGAAACGAAGAAACAUUUAUUGAGAUUUACCAUCAAGCUUGUGAAAUUGGUAAAUAUGUUGGAAAAAUUACAAAUUACUUGAAAAUGAAUUUGAAUUUUGGAAACAAAAAUGAUCAAGUGAAAAAAAUUGUAUUCCAAAAAAUCCCUUGGGUACAUUACCAAAGUGUCCAGAAGAGCUGUUUCCAAACAUAA